ACCAGUUUCGAAUAUAAUGAUAACUAUGAUUUUCUUAAAGCUACAGACAAAACAUUUGUAAAUAUCAUAGAAACUCAACAAGGGUCUAAUGAGCUCAGCAAGAUGAAAGAAUACCUAAAAAGACUUUACUACUGGUUUCUUUUGGGUCCAAUUAUCACGCUCGAAUGGCUCAGACGAAAGAAGAAACUCUGUUGUUUGACGAUAUCACAUCAAGUCGAUGAAGAAUCUGCAGCAGGAAACGAGGAAAAUGUGCGGCUAGUCCCAAGAGUUGACGAGGAUCAGGAACAGAACAUACAAGAUAUCACCGGCGAGGAAAUUGAAAGUGAGUUACAACCUCUAAUCAAUACAAUGUACACAGACACUGAUAUAACAACAUUUGACCACAGGGGCGGAAUUAUAGUUUGUGUGACAAGGCUAUUUGGAAGAAGCAUCCGUUACCUCGCAGUUGGUCUUGGUUACGUGCUUCUCACUCUGGUAGCACUCCCUGUAGGUAUAUCAAGUGGGGGAUUAUCUUUUUUCCGAUUUGAUGAACAAAAAAUACGAAUACGAACGAAUACGAAAUACGAAAGGUGCUUAGGUAUUCUCUCUUUAUGGUGGCCAUCAAUUCAAAUCUUUUGUUUUUUCAUGUACAGUAGGUUUAAUUGUGCGAGCGCUUGGACCGUUUUGACAAACGUUUCAGAGUUGAUUCGAAGUCACUGGUUUUCAUCCAACAUGUAUUUGCUCGUUUUCUGCUUCGUUGUACCGUAUUGUUCUCUCAGCCAAAGACUAUUCUCUGACAUGUUUACGUUUAACAAGUUUUUAUAUUUUACGGUUUACAAUGUAACGUGCACAGUUUGCAAUUUUCUUUUUAUUAUCAUCCUCAACAAACACAAAGUUGUCACAAGGUAUGUGUUCUACAUCAGUGUGUGUAUGAUCUGUGCUUAUGUUGAAAGUGACAUAGUAGCUGUGUUUUACUUCAUUCUCAAUUCGCAAGGCUCCCUGAAUAACGUAAAACUCACUGCUCUUCGCAGCGUAGCACUUGGCCUCACUUUGACUCUGAGUUUCAGUUCUUCAAUGCACAUAAUCCGUAAAAUUAUGAAGCCACAGGAGUCUUUGUUUGAGGGACUGGGAGAGAGGUGAAUUGUCACGUUUACCAUCCUCCUUCAAGAUCUGGUUUUAAAAUAAAUGUGCGUCACAACCGAGGUGCAACAAUUACGGGAUUUGAUAGUAAGCUAGUCAAAAGUUUGGGUCUAAUUUUCCAGAAAAAUGAAAUGUUUGGAAAAGCUUGUCAUCAGGUAAUACAGCCUUCUGGUAAUACGACGGCUGAUUUUGUAAAUUUCUGUUUCUAAUUUUAAGCUGUGUUCCAUACUCAGUUUCGAAAUAGUUUUGACAGUAAACAACAAAUUAAAUUACUCUAGAGUAGUACGAGAUUCGUGGGUAAAAUAUAAGUUCAUUUUUUAAUUGCCGUUGUUCACGGCGUCGCCGUCGACGCUUCUUAAAAUCUCUACUGUUUGAGAAGCUGUCUUCAUGAUGCAACUGAGGGAUUUUUUAAAUUAAGUACUAGGUGACAGCACCUUUCAGAUUCUUUAUGAUUUUACUGAAAUGUGAAAAUGAUAAUUGAGAAAAAUAUCACAUUUAUAAACUUAUUGAUGAGUAGGUUUCCCUAGGGGAAGAUACUCUAUGUGAGACCAGUUGCAAUGUGACAUGUAACAACACAACAUAAGUAUUUCUCAUAUGUUAACUUUCGAUGGAAAUCUUAACAAUGCACCGAAAUAUCACAUUUUUUUAAAAGAUUGACAUCAUCAAAUGAUUAUAUCACAACAUGGAAAACCAAUACGUACUGAUCGAGUCCUUUAGUUAAAACGUUUCCUGAAAUAGAAAUAGAACGUUGUUCUUCAUCAAUACUCAAAAAUUUUGACUUUGUAGGUUUUUCCUAUUAAGUUGAAAACAUUAUAGGAAUAUUGUGUGUUGGAAUCGCUAGAAAUGGUGCUUAAGACAAGACUGUGUCUCAUAAUAAUUUUAUUUUUCUUUAUUCGCAUCGUGAUAUUUUAAAUUGUGUGAGUGUUUUAUAUGAUAGCAAUGCUUACCAACUUAAUAACUGGUAUAGGUAAUUUUGGUGGAAUUUACGUUGGAUACGUAAAUUUGGUAUUAUAUAGUUGCCAUGUUUGGGUUUUUCGUCAUUUUACUGAAUUGUGAAUACGAAAACUGUGAAAAUUACACAUUUUUAAAGCUAUACAGAAGUAGCUUUCAUAGAAAAUGCUGCAAGACCAGUCGCAGUGUGACAAAAGUAUUCUAUACAACAACCUUUUUCUUUCUCAGUUUGACUUUGAAUUGUUAGCUUUUGACUGUAAGUCCUAAUAAUUUAGCGAUAUGUCAUUUAUUUCAAGUAAUGAUUACAUUUCAACUUCAAUAUUGUGUGUUGGAAUCGUUAGAAAUGGUGUUUUAUAUGAUAGCAAUGCUCACCAUCUAAAUAAUUGGUAUAGGUAAUUUUGGUAGGAUAUUCAUAGGAUAUGUAAACUUGGUAUCAUAUGGUAGCCCUGUAUGGAUUUUUCAUCAUUUCACUCCAUUUUGAAUAUGAAAACCGUGAAAAUUACACAUUACAAAGUUAUGCAGAAGUAGUAAAAUGCUGCCAAACCAGUCGAAAUGUGACAGGAAUAUCCUUUAUAGUAACCUUUUUUCCUCAGUUUGACUUAGAAUUGUUAGCUUUUGACUAUAAGUCCAUAUAAUUCAGCGAAAUGUCAUUCAUAUUUAUGACUGAUGUUAAGUAAUUGUUAUAUUACAAUUAAGUGCUUACUGAUUAGGCUCUUUCAGUCAAAAAAUGUACCUUUGUUUAUUU